UUUGCGCACGAGAUUUACAUUAAUUCGACAAUAAUUUGAUUUAAUUUCCCAAAAAAGCUCUUUAUAAUUUCGAUGAAUUCGAAAUUCUUGGUUUUUCAACAUUUGACAUUUCCACCUGUCAACCGGUUGAUCACACAUGUAAACAUGUCAAUUGUAUUGAUGCUCUCUGUUGUGGAAAACAAAUUGCGAAAUAGAUUUUUAUUUGUAUAAAAAACCAGAGCACGGAAAUGAAUUGCAUUUCAAAAGCAUCCAUGUCGUGCAAUCAACUCUAGGCUCAUAUUAAUUGUUGUUCAACUCAUUUACGCAGUAAAUUUAAAUCGAUUCUUCGAUGAAUCAAUAGAAUUUAAAAAAAAAUGCCAACAGCUGUAAUAUGUGGCUAAGAGAGAAAGAGCUUACUUUUUUUCUAUCUUAUUUUGAAUAAAUGUUGUUCAUAGUAGCGUAGUUUUUGUAGAAUGUCAUGACACCGAUUAAAUUAUUUAAAUGCAAUACCAUUCAAAUUGAAUUGAUGUGAUAAGAUGUCAACAAUGAAAUUGUACAAAUUAAUCACGCAUCAAAAAAACUUCAGUGUUGAAGACUUAAUUUUGAAUUCAAAAGAACUUCCCGAUGCUAAAAUCGGCGAUGUCGUCGAAAUUUUCCUACCAGAAGACGAUGGCGUUCGAUUGCUACUGCAAAUCACGAAUCUUAAUGAGGAUAAAAGCAA